UUCGGUAAUGCACGAAAUACAAAUGGUAUUUUGAAAUUAAAAACAGAUGAAGUUUAUUUUUUUAAAUGAUUUAGUAGUAAUAUUUAAACACAAACAGCGAACAUGAAUUCCCUAAAAGUUCUUUUCCGAUAUCGAAGUAAUAAUAACCUUAUAUUUCGUACAGCGACUACAAAAAAGAAAAUACACGAUCCUAAAGAAGAGGAACUACUACCAAUUUUUCAGUACCCAGUAAGUAAAAGUUCUGAUAGACGUGUGUAUGUAUGGGGACUAGCAGAGACCGGAGCUCUUGGAAUACAUAUGCCCAAUAAAAGGAGAGCUAAAAAAUCAUAUAUAAAUGACUUUAAAUUAUCUUGGCAUCCUAUAAGAUCAAGUUUUUGUGAGAGGUUUGAUGUUACACAAAUUGCAUGUGGCUAUGGAUUUACCGUUGCAGCCAUUAAAACAAAUGAACAACACAAGGUUUUUGGCACUGGUAUUAAUACAGACUCACAGAUAGGCUAUCAUGCUCCUCGAAUUGGUCAUCCUUUAGAAAUGCUUCUUAGUCCUGCACCUAUUUAUGUACCAUAUAAAUCACUGGAAAAUAAGGUUAUUGGGGUAGCGGCUGGACGGGCACAUACUCUUAUACUUACUGACAAUGAAGGAGUUUACUCACUUGGUAAUAAUGCAUAUGGCCAAUGUGGUAGGAAAAUCAAUAAUUCAGAGGAAUACCGGGGGAGUAUGCAUUCCCACCAUAUAAGUAAACUCGGAAAAGAACAAGUUAUUGAUAUAUGUGCAGGACAAGACCAUAGUCUUUUUGUGACAGAAUCUGGGAAAGUUUACUCGUGUGGGUGGGGUGCAGAUGGGCAGACAGGUCUAGGUAAUUUUGACAAUCAAGGUCCACCAGCUGCUGUGAAAGGUGACAUAACAAGUGAAAAAAUUAUCAAAGUUGCUUCUACAGUUGACUGUGUACUUGCUUUAAAUGAUAAAGGUGAACUCUUUGGCUGGGGAAACUCAGAAUAUGGACAAAUUCCAAUGUCAUCAAAACAACAGCAAGUAAAUGUGUCAUAUGCUUUGGUCAAUUUCACAAAAGGCUUGGGUAAAAUCGUCGAUAUUGCAGCUGGAGGUUCCUUCUGUCUUAUUUGUAAUGAUCAAGGCGACGUUUUUGUAUGGGGUUUUGGUUUACUAGGACUUGGCCCAAAUGUUCACCACACAGCCAAUCCAAAACAAAUACCACCUACCUUAUUUGGGAGAAAUGAUUUUAAUUCUGAAUCUAUGGUACAAAAGGUAUCAUGUGGCAUUGGUCAUUUAGCAGCAAUAACAAAUAAUGGGGAUCUGUAUACAUGGGGUCGAAAUAGACAUGGUUGUCUUGGUUUAGGUCAUGAUAAGGACCAGCAUUUUCCAUUAAAAGUCAGUAUAGGGGCACAUGUUUUGAAUGUAAGCUGUAGUGUAGAUCAUACUGUUGCCAUUUGCAAGCCUUUUAUGUAGUUUAAAAAAAUGUAUGUACGAAAUAAAAUACAUUGUUGUUCAUAAAUAAAAUGUUAAUUAUA